GCCCGGUAUCCGGGUAAGAUGGCCGCAGUCGGAGAGUGCUCGAUCCCUGUUCCGUGGAAUUCGGUGUCUCUCACUCACGUCGAGUAUCCAGCAGGUGACUUCACUGGCCGCCUCCUCGCCUACCUGAGUCUCAGUCCCAUUUUCAUCAUAGUUGGCUUCAUCACCCUCAUUGUUUUCAAGAGAGAGCUGCACACGAUCUCUUUCUUGGGCGGGCUGUGUUUCAACGAAGGUGUAAAUUGGUUAAUCAAGAACAUUGUCCAGGAGCAGAGGCCUUGCGCAGAAGCCCACCCGUCUGUUUAUUCAAAAUACGCCAUGCCUUCCAGCCACUCUCAGUUUAUGUGGUUUUUCUCUGUCUAUUCUUUCCUCUUCCUUUAUUUAAGGUGAGUGGCGUUUUCGUCAGUCGGGGGU